CUUGGCCGUUCCACGUUUCCCGGGAAUGAAAAAUAUCCGGGAAUCCCGGGCUCAGAGCCAAUUGAUCAAGACCUUAUCAACAUGUCGGCCGUUAACUCUGACCAACUCUUUCCCAGCAUGCAGAGUGCUGUAGGAUGUACGCAUGCGUCUAAACUGGCGGCACGCUCAGGUGAUUGAGGAAUUACAUUUUGUUCGCUUCGCAGUCAUGUUCUAAUCAGUCUUUAGGAAGCGGAUGCAGUCAUGCCGAGCGAAAACGUUGUUCCCCACGAGAACUACGGCAGAGGGGUUUCGGCUUGUUUUGGACAGUAUAAAUAUACAGCCGAGGAAUAUCAGGCUGUUCAGAAUGCCCUGAAACAGAAACUGGGACCAGAGUACAUAAGUACACGACAAGCAGGGGGAGGACAGAAGGUUUGCUAUAUUGAAGGACACAAAGUAAUAGGUUUGGCCAAUGAGUUGUUUGGAUAUAAUGGAUGGUCACAUUCAAUUACACAACAAAAUGUUGAUUUUGUUGAUCUUGUUAAUGGAAAGUUCUAUGUUGGGGUUAGUGCUUUUGUGAAAGUGCAGCUCAAGGAUGGGUCUUUCCAUGAAGAUGUAGGGUACGGAGUAAGCGAGGGAUUGAAGUCUAAAGCUUUAUCUUUAGAAAAAGCCAGAAAGGAAGCUGUUACUGAUGGACUGAAAAGAGCUCUUAAGUGCUUUGGAAAUGCUCUUGGAAACUGCAUUCUCAACAAAGAAUAUCUUAUGGCAAUCAAUAAAGUUCCAAAACAGACAUCUGCUCCCUUAAACCCUGAUGAAACAAAACGUGAAGAUGCUGAACCUCAAGUAGAGAAGGCUCGUUUUAAUAGCUUACUUCAAGCUGAAAACCAGCAAGCUAUUAUGUUGGAUAUCAAUUGGGCCAUGCACAAGCGGCAAGGUCAACAUGCAAAACUGACGGAGGGUAGCUGCUCAUACAGAAGUCAUAAUGAGGACAAACAGCACAGUUUUACCCGGUCCUCUGACCAAACAUUUGCCACAAGUUUGGAGACAGACCCUAAGCAGCAGAGAAAAAUGAGGCAGCAGCAACUACAGCAACAGUUCAGACAGCAGAUGGCUGCAAAAAAAGUUCAGGAGGAGCAACAGCCACAACAAGAGACUUUACCUGAUGUACCAGUUCCCAUUUCUGAGCAGAAAAUACUUAAUCAAAACAACAGAGUUCAUCACAGUACGCCUUGUCAUUCCCCCAAGAAGAAAUUGGAUGAUGAAUAUCUAGCAGAAGACCUUGAAAUGUGGGAUUUGCCCCUGGAUGGAACUGAUAACUUCAGUCUGAACAAUGCUUCAACAACUCCUUUCAACACCCACCAUAUGAUGACCAGGAGCAAAACUCCACAAAGGGAGCAAUCCAUGCGGCCACCAAUCAGACCUGGAAGUGGACAUCCUAUCUAUGAACAGAAAACUCAACAGCAGCCUGAAUAUCAGCCAAACUCAGCACAAUAUGGUAGUCCGCACAGACAAGCCCACCAUCUCAAGAAGAGAAAACUUGAGCCAUCGUAAGCAUAAUUUUUAGCAAUAUUUUCAAAGCCUACUUAUAAGACAUUUUUGUUCAUUGUAUUUGGUUGCUUUUGAAGAAAAACAAAAUAUAUGAUUUAACUUUUCUUAAAAACUAUCGCCCUCAGUGUUCAGACAUUUUAAUAUCAUGACAAUACAGCAAUGAGACCCUUGUAGUCUGCUUACAUUGGCCGGAUUACUUUGCCUGAUCCUCUUAAUAGAAAUUUAAAGACUGGAAGGUUUGCAGCUUCCUCUUAAUUUUUUUUUUUUUUUUUAAUUUUAUUUUUAUUUACAUAAAUAGCUAUUUUAUCAGUGUUAUUGUUGGAUUCAUAUUUUUACAUUUGUAUGCCCUCAUGUGUAUUGGGUUUGUUAAAUAUAGUUAUUUUAAAUUUUGUGUAAUGUUAUUAAAGAAAUCUACUUUUUUUAUUAGUGUAUACUCAUUUUUAUUUAUAAUGUGAUCAUUCAUUUUUACUUCAUUUGUCAUGAUGAAAAUCAUGGCAGCAACAUGCUGAGGUACCCUUCAAAGCCCACCUAUCCUCUCCAAUUUCUUCAAACCUCUCCAUGGAAAUUCCCAAACACUCGAAGGCCAGUGUGGCAUGUACUGUAUGUCCUGGUUCUCCUUGGUCUUCUCUGAGUGGGCUGUGCAUGUAUGCACCACCCAAGGAGUGUGAACAGGGGCAUUCUAACUACAUGCCCAAACCACCUCAGCUGGCUCCUUACCAUCCAGAGAAGCAGAUGAUGUGCAUGAAGGUCCUCCUGUACUGCUGAGCUUGUCACUCUACAGCAUCCAAGAGCGAGCAUGGACAGGAACCUCAUUUUUGUAAUUUGUGUUUAUGACUUCAUCUUUCAGUUAACUACCCAGAUCUUGUAAGCAUAAGAAUGGAAGGAAAUGUACACUGACCAGCAAAUGGAAAGCUUUUUUCUGAGGACCUAACCUACCUCGUCACCAUCAUGGUCUAGUACAAUGUCCACAACACUCCUGUUUCUACACUGAUUUGCUGGUCUGUCUGAUUAUCAUCUCAAAAUCCUUAAGUACUUCAACUGUUUCAUGAGGAGCAGCUGCUUAUUCCUUAUCUGAAAACAGCAUGCCACUAUUUUCUGAGAAAGUUGACAUCAGCCUUGGCUUCAUCUAUUGAGGUAUCUGGCAUACAGUAUAGUUUGCAGCUAAGAGGUCUUCAGCAUUUGUAAACCACAGAGGUGUAAUUUUUAGGACCCCAAAUUGCAUACUCUGUUUUUUUUCUGAUGGACCUCCAUAUUCCUGUCCAUAAAUACCGUGAAUAGUAGGCAAGACAAAACUCACUGUUAGCAGAGUUCAUUGCCCACAAUGAACUGCCUUGUCUUACCAACCAUGAAGACCUAAUUCUUGCUCCACAAAUAUGGGGAAUGAAAGGUAGUCUGUAGUUGCCCUAGAAGCCAAGCACCUCCCGGAAGAUACUGUGGGUUCACAGUUGAAAGCAUUUUCGAAAUCCAUGAAGUACAUGUAGACAUGAUUGGUAAAAAUCCAUUCUUCCUUUUGCAAGUGUAAAAUAAAAAAAAAAAAAUGGUCCACUGUUCUGCACAGAGUGAAAUCUGCUUUAUUUCUCCCAAGAUAUAAAGAGUAGUCCCUAUGCCAGUAUUCCUGAAGAAGCUUGCCAAGAGGGGUGGAAUAGUGUGAUCCCCUCCCUCUUGUUAGGACUAUCUCUCUUGACUGUCCCAAGGCUUUGUUCUCUGCUUCUACACAACAUUGUAUCCAGUGCUUUAAGUAUUUCUUGUCAGAUCUAAACCUUUCCACUACAGAAGUUCUUAAUUGGUGCAGUGACCUUUGCUACAGACGGACAUGGCUCAAACCAAUGCUUUUGGCACUAUCUUUGCCAAAGCUAAGUGAAAGAUCUUUAAUCUUUUCUUUCCAUUUCUCAAACAAAAUCCCAGGUUGAGAUCAGCCUGGGA